CAGCAGCAGUUUUUACCUGCAGCUUCCUGCUCUUCAUGCUGGAUAUGGGGACUAAAAGCGGCGCUGGGAUUAUCCGGGUGCUCCUGCUUCUCUGCUGCCUGGACGGGACGACCGGGGAAGAGGUGUGUGAAGGCCCGCUGGUGUCCAAUCUGCCGCCAUCGUCCUUCAGAAGCUCCUCCCAGCUGUCCAGCAGCCAUGCACCAGGCUUCGCCAAACUCAACAGGAGAGACGGAGCCGGAGGUUGGUCUCCCCUCAUCUCAGACCAGUAUCAGUGGCUGGAGGUCGACUUGGGAGAGCGGACCAAGAUCACGGCUGUCGCCACGCAGGGUCGCUACGGCAGCUCUGAUUGGCUGACGUCCUACCUGCUCAUGUUCAGCGACACCGGACACAACUGGAAACAGUACAGACGAGAGGACAGUCUAGGGUCCUUUCCAGGUAACAGCAAUGCAGACAAUGUGGUUCAGUACAAGCUGCAGCAGCCAGCCAUCGCUCGCUUCCUGCGCCUCAUUCCUCUGGACUGGAAUCCCAGCGGGCGGAUCGGACUCCGGCUGGAGACUUACGGAUGUCCCUACACUUCGGAUGUGGUGAGUUUUGAUGGCAGCGGCGGCAGCAGCGGUCUGGUGUACAGACUGAGUCCAGGCUUGAGGCGGACGUCUAAUGAAGUUGUCACUCUGAAGUUUAAAACCCUGAGGAAUUGUGGGACACUGCUCGAGGCAGAGGGACGGGACGGAGUCAGCCUUCGUCUGGAUUUAGAGAAAGGACAACUACUGCUGCUACUUAGACAAGGUAGGACAUCGUCCUCUGAACCCCGACGUCUUGUUUCCCUCGGCAGCCUGUUAGACGAUCAGCACUGGCACUAUGUGGAAAUGGAGCGCUACGGCUUUCACCUUAAUCUCACUGUGGACAAGCACACGGAGACGGUUCAAAUCCCUGCAGAGCUCAGCCAUCUGGACAUAAAACAGCUCAGUGUGGGGACAGUUCAGGGUCUCAGUUCUCAGAAACCGUUCAUCUCUCAGAGGAACUUCCAUGGCUGCGUAGAAAACCUGCUGUACAACGGCCUCAACCUGAUAGACGUGGCUAAGCACAACAACCACAAAGUCACUGUUGUGGGCAAUGUGACCUUCUCUUGUGCCGAGUCAGUUUCCAUUGCCGCGACAUUCCUCGGACCCCGAAGCUUCCUCCAGUUGCCGGGGGCGAUGGCAUCAUUUUCAGGGGGUGUGACUGUAGUGUUUCAGUUCAGGACAUGGAACAAAGCCGGGCUUCUGCUCACUUUUGACCUCCCCCAGCAAGAGGGUGUGGUCUGGCUGUCCCUGAGUGAGGCCAGGCUCCGCCUUCAGAUCCAUAAAGGUGGCAGGGCCCUGCUCGAGCUCGCUGCAGGUUCCUCUCUCAAUGAUGGUCAGUGGCAUUCAGUUGAACUGAGCUCCAGACGAGGUCGUCUGACCAUUGCUGUGGAUAAAGAGGAAGGAGGCAGUGCUCAGGCCAGCCCAUCGUUUCAUGUCGCUGUGGAAGGCCACCUCUUCUUUGGUGGUUGUCCUGCUGAAGACGACAGUCAGGGAUGCAGAAACCCGUUUAGUGUCUUCCAGGGUUGCAUGCGUUUACUGACUCUAAACAGCCAAAACAUAGACCUGAUCAAAGUGCAACAAAAGCAGCUGGGAAGUUACAGCAACCUCCAGAUUGACAUGUGUGGAAUCAUCGACAGGUGUUCUCCCAGCCGCUGUGAACACGGCGGUCUCUGCAGUCAGUCCUGGACGGUCUUCCAGUGCAACUGCUCUGACAGCGGCUACAGCGGAGCGACCUGCCACAGCUCUGUGUACGAACAGUCCUGUGAAGCGUACAAACACAACGGCAACAUGUCGGGAUAUUUUCAUAUCGAUGUGGACGGCAGCGGACCGAUCAGGCCACAGCUGGUCUACUGCAACAUGACAGAGCAGAAUACAUGGAUGGUGAUCCAGCACAACAACACAGAGCUGACCAGACUUCAACCUUCUCUUGGCGUGGACCAGUUUUCAGUCCACUUCGCCUACAACGCCGGAGAAAAGCAGCUGUUGGCGCUGAUCAGCCAAUCGCAGCACUGUGAACAGGAGCUAUCGUACCACUGCAGGAAGUCUCGCCUUCUCAAUACUCCUGAGGGCUCUCCGUUCAGCUGGUGGUUCGGUGGUCCAGGCUCCGGCCGGGUCCAGACCUACUGGGGAGGAGCUCACCCCGGCAGCCAGCAGUGCGCCUGUGGUCUGCGGGGCGACUGUGUUGAUCCACAGCACUACUGCAACUGUGACGCCGACCGCAUGGAGUGGACUGAAGACUCAGGUGUUCUCACCCAUAAGGACAGCCUCCCAGUCCGGCUCAUGGUGCUGGGGGACAUCCAGAGGCCGGGAUCAGAGGCGGCCUACAGGGUGGGACCACUCCGAUGUCAUGGAGACACAAAAUUUUGGAAUGCAGCGUUUUUCGACAAGGAGACGUCGUACCUCCACUUCCCAACCUUCCACGGCGAGCUGAGCGCCGACAUCUCCUUCCUGUUUAAAACCACCGCCUCCUCUGGGGUGUUCCUGGAAAACCUGGGCAUCAAAGACUUCAUCCGCAUCGAACUGAGCUCCUCCACUCAGGUGGUUUUCUCCUUCGAUGUGGGUAACGGCCCACUGGAGGUUCACGUGGAGUCAAGUGCACCUUUGAACGACAACCGGUGGCACAGAGUCCGAGCUGAGCGGAACAUCAAGGAGGCCUCGCUCCGCCUGGACGAUCUGCCUGUUGCCACAAAGGAGGCUCCUGCUGAAGGCCACUUUCACCUGCAGCUCAACAGUCAGCUCUUUAUAGGAGGCACGGCGUCCAGGCAGAAGGGCUUCCGGGGCUGCAUCCGCUCUCUGCAGAUGAACGGCGUCCCUCUGGACCUGGAGGAGAGGGCGAAGAUCACGCCCGGGGUCCAACCCGGCUGCCCGGGUCACUGCAGCAGCUACGGCUCGCUCUGCCACAACCGCGGCCGCUGCGUGGAGAAGAGCAACGGCUUCCGCUGCGACUGCAGCCCGUCUGCCUACGCCGGCGUCUUCUGCCACACAGAGGUGUCGGCCAGCUUCAGGCCAGAAACCUCCGUCAGCUACACCUUCAGGGAGCCGUCAGAGCAGAGCAGGAACGGCAGCGCUCUGCCCUCGUCCAUCUACUCUGACGCAACGCUGAGAGGAGAGAACGUCUCCCUGAGCUUCAGGACCAACCAGAGUCCGGCUCUGCUGCUCUCCGUCAGCUCCCUCUCCAGAGAGUACCUGGCCCUGCUCAUCAACAAGCACGAAAAGCUGGAGGUGAGAUAUAAACUGGAGCAGGGUGGAGAUGCUGAAGUGCUGCGAAGCAGCGCGCGGGGCCUCGCCAACGGACAGCUGCACUCGGUUACCGUCAGGAGACACGCACACGUGGUGUCUGUGCAGGUUGAUGAAAACGCCAGAGAAGACUUCAGUCUGACAUCUGAUGUUGAGUUUAAUUCCAUCAAAUCGCUGGUGUUGGGCAGAGUGUAUGAGUCUGAUGACUUGGAUCCACACCUGGCCAGGUUAGCGUCUCUCGGUUUCGCCGGCUGUCUGUCAGUGGUUCAGUUCAACUCCAUCAGCCCUCUGAAAGCGGCUCUGCUCCAUCCGGACACCAGCCCCGUCAUCAUCACUGGACCUUUGACCCGGUCAAACUGCGGUUCUGCCGCUUCAGGCAAUCCCUACGAAGCCGAGAACACACACCUCCUGUCAGACCAGUCUGGUUCUGUGGGUUCAGGUCAACCUUUAGUCAAUGCCAUCAGGACCGACUCUGCGCUGAUUGGAGGCGUCAUCGCAGUUGUCAUCUUUGUGAUGGUGACCGGCCUGGCCAUCACCGCCAGAUUCCUCUACCGGAGGAAAGACACGUAUCAAAACCAGGAAGGGAAGGGAGUCAAACGGGAGGACAGCCCAGAUUUUCCUUUCAACGACCAGGCCGACUCCCAGAAUCCCCCCACGGAAAACACGAAGGAGUAUUUCAUCUAACAGGGAGCCUGAUGAGUCGAUGUGCUGCAGAUGUUUUUGAGCCCGAGGGUGCAGCUGGGAGUCCAGCCCUCGGGACCUUUGCAGAGCGCUUAGUUGGCCAUUCAGACGCUUCUUUAGCUGAAGCGGCUCGACAACAAGUUGAACGCAAAGAGGAACAAUUCACAUGACGUUGUGUUUUUGUUGCUUUACUGUAAAUUGUGAAUAUACUGAUACGAACAAGCAACGGUGUUGAACUUCAAAGUGAUGAUACUCGUGUUUCAGCAACUGUGAAUAUUCAGAAAUUCAAAUGUUGGAUUUGUGUCUUUACAAAAAGUCUCUUUGUCACACUGUAAUGUUUUAUAGAAAGCGAUAGAGCUUUGGAAAGUCUUGUUGUGUGUGGGCAGAGGAAAAGUGAAGCAUCAUUUACAGCCCGACAGGAUGUUAUUGUAUUCCUUUGGGAGGUUUUUACCACGUUUUUCAAGAUUUUCCAAACCAUCGAUAGGUAUUUUCUCUUUAACUGUGAGGUUUAUUUCUCUCUCUCUCUCUUUUUUUAACCUUUCUAUCCACUUCCCUCAGUUGGGUUCCAUUUGCACAAGUGUUUUCUGUCGAGGUAUUUUCUUCCAUCAUAAAGUCAUUACAAAAUGAUUCUGAGAAUGAAUUUAUUAUGUUUUA